AGGAGGAAGAGUGGGGGGAGGAGGAGGGCGGCUGCUGCGGCGGCUGUAAGUAAAUAGGCUGGUAGUAGGUGGCUUUGACAUUUACAGCUGCUACAAACAAAAUGUUUGGGGUUUUAAAAUGAUAAACAAUGGUGUGGCUGACUUUGGGUGGAGGUCUCCAAUUAAGUCAACAGUGAGGAAUGGUUUUUAAUUCAUAAUAACCUCGAGUAGUGUGAAGUUAUGAGAAAUAAUAAGUUGCAACUAGACGAGGAACAGCAACAACAACGACUGAGCAAUGCUACCCCUUAUCUGUAGUGUAUCCACUUUGUUCCUGUUGCAGUCUCAGGAGGGUAUCUGUGAAUGCUGCCGUUUGCAGUUUUGGGGUUAAUCCUUUGGAUAUUGUUCCUACUGUGGAAGAGUAAUGCUAAGAGUGUAGUGAUGCCUGUGAAAGAAGAGGAAUCUUCAUCUGACUGUGGUUCCCCUGCAGCUGAGGAGAAAAUGCCUGCUUCCCAAACCCCCCAUCUAGAGAAACAUUCCUUGUCAACAGCUCCUACUACCUCAACACACAAUGAGAGUCCUCUGUCUGACAGUACCUCUGUGGGUCUUGAAGUUAAAACAGUGGACUCUGAGCCUCCUCAGUCCUCUAAGGUCAAUUCAGAGCUGCAGUUGUUGCCACAGAACUUUCAGGAACCUCACAAAACUGAUGUGCCAAUGCCCGGCUCAGGGACCAAAGCGAGGGAACGCCUCAAAUUCAUCCUUGGAGCAUCAGAGGAUAAUUCUUCAGACGAGGAGGCUCCAGUCACCAAACCGCCAAGUGGUGCAUGUCAGCCACCGACCUCUACCCCCAGCUCUUCCUCUCAGCAGAUGUCCUGUGCAGUGCCACAGUCCAGCUCUUUACACAUCAGGCCCAGCAUGUCUGGUCCUCACUUGGUGAAAAAAGGACGUGAACACAGAAAGAUGGAUCUGCAAAGGGACUUCACUGUCGCCUCUCCUGCUGAGUUUGUCACCCGAUUUGGUGGCAACCGUGUCAUAGAAAAAGUGCUGAUAGCUAACAAUGGCAUAGCUGCGGUGAAAUGUAUGCGCUCUAUCCGCCGCUGGUCCUACGAAAUGUUUCGCAACGAGAGGACCAUCCGCUUCGUAGUCAUGGUGACCCCCGAGGACCUGAAAGCCAACGCAGAAUACAUUAAAAUGGCAGACCAUUAUGUACCUGUACCUGGUGGGCCCAACAAUAACAACUAUGCCAACGUAGAGCUGAUAGUGGACAUUGCGAAAAGAAUCCCAGUGCAGGCUGUGUGGGCUGGUUGGGGUCAUACCUCAGAAAAUCCCAAACUUCCUGAGUUCCUGAACAAAGCGGGAAUAUCGUUCUUGGGGCCAUCCAGUAAGGCCAUGUGGGCUCUAGGGGAUAAGGUGGCUUCAUCUAUUGUGGCCCAGAGUGCUGACAUUCCCACACUGCCAUGGAGUGGAUCAGGUCUGAGAGUGGACUGGCCAGAGGAGGACCAACGACUUGGCAAUGUAAUCAUUGUUCCUCCAGAGGUCUACAGAAAGGGCUGUGUUCGUGAUGUAGAUGAAGGGCUGGCAGAAGCUGAGAGAAUUGGUUAUCCUGUGGUUAUCAAGGCCUCUGAGGGUGGAGGUGGAAAGGGUAUCCGGAAAGUAGAAAGCUCAGAAGAGUUUCCAGGUUUCUUUAGACAGGUUCAGGCAGAGAUACCCGGCUCGCCUAUCUUCAUCAUGCAGCUGGCUCAGCAUGCGAGACACCUUGAGGUUCAGAUCCUGGCUGAUCAGUAUGGAAAUGCCAUCUCUCUGUUUGGGCGAGAUUGCUCCAUCCAAAGAAGGCACCAGAAGAUCAUAGAGGAGGCGCCUGCCACCGUAGCGGCUCCCUCAACACUUGAGCAAAUGGAACGGUAUGCUGUGCGGCUGGCCAAGAUGGUGGGCUACGUGAGUGCAGGUACUGUGGAGUAUCUCUUCUCUGAAGACGGAAGCUUUCAUUUCUUGGAGCUGAAUCCUCGCCUGCAGGUGGAACAUCCCUGUACAGAGAUGAUUGCAGAUGUAAAUCUGCCUGCUGCCCAGCUUCAGAUUGCGAUGGGCGUCCCCCUUCAUAGAAUUAAGGACAUCCGCUUGCUUUAUGGAGAAAGUCCAUGGGGCGACACCAUCAUUAACUUUGAGACUCCAGACUGCAUACCAAGUCCAAGGGGGCAUGUCAUAGCUGUUCGAAUCACCAGUGAGAACCCCGAUGAGGGCUUCAAGCCCAGUUCUGGUACCGUGCAGGAGCUGAACUUCCGCAGCAGUAAAAAUGUUUGGGGUUAUUUCAGCGUGGGGGCGACUGGUGGCCUGCAUGAGUUUGCCGACUCCCAGUUUGGACACUGUUUCUCCUGGGGCGAGAACCGCGAAGAAGCCAUUUCGAACAUGGUGGUGGCUGUGAAGGAGCUGUCCAUCAGAGGUGACUUCAGGACAACUGUAGAAUACCUCAUUAAGAUACUGGAGACAGAAAGCUUCAGAAACAAUGACAUUGACACCGGCUGGCUGGAUCAUCUCAUUGCAGAGAAAGUGCAGGCAGAGAGGCCAGAUACAACGCUGGGUAUUGUCUGUGGGGCUUUGCAUGUUGCUGAUGCUAGUUUCAGAAAGAGCAUGUCUGACUACCUUCAUUCACUAGAAAGAGGCCAGGUGUUGCCUGCAGCCAGUCUCCUCAACUCUGUCAGUGUGGACCUAAUAUAUGAAGGAGUCAAGUUCUGCCUGAAGGUGGCUCGCCAAUCCCCAACAACCUAUGUUAUCACGAUGAACUGCUCCGACAUUGAAAUAGAUGUCCACAGACUGAGUGACGGAGGCCUCCUGUUCUCCUACAAUGGCAGCAGCCACACCACCUACAUGAAGGAGGAAGUGGAUAGCUACCGUAUCACUGUUGGCAACAAGACCUGUGUAUUUGAGAAGGAGAAGGAUCCCACAGUGCUGAGGUCACCCUCUGCUGGUAAACUGUUGCAAUACUUGGUUGAGGAUGGAGGUCAUAUAUUUGCCGGGGAGACCUAUGCAGAGAUUGAGGUGAUGAAGAUGGUGAUGACUCUGACUGUGCAGCAGUCUGGUUGUAUCCACUUUGUCAAGAGACCAGGGGCGGUUCUGAGGCCUGGCUGUGUGGUGGCACGUGUGGACCUGGACGACCCCAGCAGUAUCCACUUGGUGGAGCUCAACACAGCCACACUGCCUCCCCAGCAACCACUGCCCAUAGCUGGGGAAAAGCUUCACCAGGUGUUCCACAAUGUGCUCGAAAACCUGUUUAAAGUCAUGGAUGGGUACUGCCUUGAAGAACCCUACUACAGCAGCAAGCUGAAACAGUGGGUGACUACGCUCAUGAAGACCCUUAGAGACCCCUCUCUGCCUUUGUUGGAACUCCAGGAGAUCAUGACCAGCGUGGCGGGUCGUAUUCCACCUACUGUUGAGAAAGACAUCCGUAAAGUCAUGGCUCAGUAUGCAAGCAACAUCACCUCUGUCCUCUGCCAGUUCCGCAGUCAGAGGAUUGCAAAUAUUCUAGAUAGCCAUGCAGCGACCCUGCAGAGGAAGGCUGACCGUGAGGUCUUCUUCAUGAACACUCAGAGUAUUGUACAGUUGGUGCAGAGGUACCGAAGUGGAAUUCGUGGUUACAUGAAGUCUGUGGUUCUCGAUCUGCUGAAGCGCUACUUGCAAGUAGAGAUGCAGUUUCAGCAAGCUCACUAUGAUAAAUGUGUUAUCAACCUGAGAGAGCAGCACAAACCCAACAUGAAUCCUGUGUUGGACUACAUCUUCUCUCAUGCCCAGGUCUCCAAGAAGAACAUCCUGGUCACCAUGCUCAUCGACCAACUGUGUGGGAGGGAUCCCACCCUGGCAGAUGAGCUGAUGGCCAUUCUCAGUGAACUCACACAGCUCAGCAAGAUGGAGAACUCAAAGGUGGCUUUGAGAGCCAGACAGGUCUUGAUUGCCUCCCAUUUGCCAUCAUAUGAACUGAGACACAACCAGGUGGAGUCCAUCUUCCUGUCAGCCAUUGACAUGUUUGGCCACCAGUUUUGUCCGGAGAACUUGAAGAAACUCAUUCUCUCUGAAACCUCAAUUUUUGAUGUUUUGCCCAAUUUCUUCUAUCACUCCAACCAAGUGGUUUGCAUGGCUGCCUUGGAGGUGUAUGUGCGUAGAGCUUACAUCGCCUAUGAGCUGAACAGCAUCCAGCAUCACCAGCUGCAGGAUGGAACAUGUGCUGUAGACUUCCAGUUUAUGUUACCAACGUCACAUCCUAACAGAGGGAGCAACCCUACUCUGAACAGGGUUCCAGUGCAAGUGAGCGGAUCAGACCAGUUUAAAAUAACACGACAGGGCAGUGAGCUCUACCUGGACGGAGGCCUGUCUCCACCCUGCCAACGCAUGGGUGCCAUGGUGGCUUUUCAGUGUUUUGAUGACUUCAAAAGGAAUUUCGAUGAAGUUCUCUCCAGCUUUGCGGAACCACUCACAGAGAGUUCUCCGUUCUCAGAGUCCUGCUCCAGCCUCUAUGAGGAGGAGAGCUUUAAGAAUGUGAGGGAGAACCCGAUUCAUAUCAUUAAUGUAUCCAUAAAAACAGCGGACACAGAAGAGGACGACGGAUUGGUCACAGCCUUCGCUGCCUUCGCCCAAUCAAAGAAAGCAAUUCUCUUUGAGUAUGGAAUCAGGAGAAUCACAUUUUUGAUUGUGCAAAAGAGAGAAUUUCCCAAGUUCUUCACUUUUCGAGCUAGAGACGAGUUCCAAGAAGAUCGGAUUUACCGGAAUCUAGAGCCAGCUUUAGCUUUCCAGCUGGAGCUCAGCCGCAUGAGGAACUUUGACCUGACAGCCAUUCCCUGUGCCAACCACAAGAUGCACAUGUACCUGGGUGCUGCUCGUGUUCAGGAGGGUGCUGAAGUCACAGACUACCGCUUCUUUGUCCGAGCUAUUAUCCGCCACUCAGAUCUCAUUACAAAGGAAGCCUCUUUUGAAUACCUUCAAAAUGAGGGCGAACGUCUCCUGCUGGAGGCCAUGGAUGAGUUAGAGGUAGCCUUCAGUAACACCAGUGUUCGGACAGACUGCAACCACAUCUUCCUCAACUUUGUCCCCACCGUCAUCAUGGACCCCUCUAAAAUAGAUGAGUCUGUCCGCUCCAUGGUGAUGCGUUAUGGCAGCCGUCUUUGGAAGUUACGAGUCCUACAGGCUGAGCUGAAGAUCAACAUCCGCCUGACACCAACAGGAAAUGCUGUUCCUUUUCGCCUAUUUCUCACUAAUGAGUCUGGCUAUUAUUUGGACAUCAGCCUGUACAAGGAGGUCACUGACCCAGGAUCUGGACAGAUUAUGUUUCAAUCAUAUGGAGACAAGCAGGGUCCUCUACAUGGCAUGCUGAUCAACACUCCCUACGUGACCAAAGACCUGCUGCAGGCCAAACGCUUCCAGGCUCAGACUCUGGGCACAACAUACGUUUAUGACUUCCCUGAGAUGUUCAGACAAGCACUGUUCAAGCUGUGGGGACCAGGGGACAAGUACCCUAAAGACAUGCUGAUUUGCACCGAGCUGCUUCUGGACCCACAAGGUCGACUGGUGCAGAUGAACCGCCUGCCUGGAGACAACGACGUAGGAAUGGUCGCCUUCAGGAUGAAGAUGAAGACCCCAGAGUACCCAGAGGGCAGAGAAAUCAUCGUCAUCUGUAAUGACAUCACGCACAUGAUUGGCUCAUUUGGCCCUCAGGAGGAUGAGCUGUUCCUCAGGGCAUCUGAGUUGGCUCGGGCUGAAGGCAUACCCCGCAUUUACAUCGCAGCCAACAGUGGAGCGCGCAUUGGCCUUGCUGAGGAAAUCAAACACAUGUUCCAGGUGGCCUGGGUUGACCCCACUGACCCAUACAAGGGUUUCAAGUAUCUUUACCUGACACCUCAGGACUACACCCGUAUCAGCUCCACCAAUGCUGUUCACUGUCACCAUGUAGAGGAAGGUGCAGAGUCCAGGUAUAUAAUCACUGACAUCAUCGGGAAGGAUGAAGGUCUCGGGGUAGAGAACCUGCGAGGUUCUGGCACCAUUGCUGGAGAAUCUUCUCAGGCCUAUGAAGAGAUUAUUACGAUCAGUAUGGUGACGUGUCGUGCGAUUGGAAUCGGAGCCUAUCUGGUCCGUCUGGGACAGCGCGUGAUCCAGGUGGAGAACUCUCACAUUAUCCUGACGGGAGCAGGUGCUCUGAACAAGGUUCUGGGUAGAGAUGUCUACACUUCCAACAACCAGCUGGGAGGAGUCCAGAUCAUGCACAAUAAUGGAGUCACACACACCACUGUGCCAGAUGACUAUGAGGGUGUCUCCACCAUCCUCCAGUGGCUCUCCUACAUGCCAAAGAACAAACACUCCCCUGUGCCUGUCAUAGCAACUACAGAUCCAGUAGAAAGAGAGAUAGAAUUCACUCCUACAAAAGCACCAUAUGACCCUCGCUGGAUGCUGGCUGGGAGGCCUCACCCCAUGGUGAAAGGCGCCUGGCAGAGCGGAUUCUUCGACCACGGUUCUUUCAUGGAGAUCAUGGAGUCAUGGGCGCAGACAGUGGUGGUGGGAAGAGCACGGCUAGGAGGAAUCCCCCUGGGUGUCAUUGCUGUUGAAACACGAACAGUUGAGUUCACUGUCCCAGCAGAUCCGGCCAACCCGGAUUCAGAAGCUAAAGUUCUGCAGCAGGCUGGCCAGGUGUGGUUUCCAGAUUCAGCCUUUAAAACAGCUCAGGCCAUUUGUGACUUCAACCGUGAACAUCUGCCCCUCAUGGUGUUUGCCAACUGGAGGGGCUUCUCUGGGGGAAUGAAGGAUAUGUAUGACCAGAUACUGAAGUUCGGGGCUUACAUCGUCGAUGCGCUGCACAGUUUUCACCAGCCAGGGCUGGUGUACAUCCCGCCACAUGCUGAGUUGAGAGGAGGGUCCUGGGUGGUGAUUGACCCCACCAUCAACCCACUGUGUAUGGAGCUCUAUGCUGACAGGGAGAGCAGAGGUGGUGUGCUGGAGGCUGAGGGUACAGUAGAGAUCAAAUUCAGGAAGAAGGACCUGCUGAAGACCAUGAGAAGAAUAGAUUCAGUCUAUGCUAGUCUGGUUGAGCAGCUUGCUUCCCCAGAGCUAUCUGACAAACAGUACAGAGAACUGGAGUUGAAGCUUAAAGCACGGGAGGAAUUCCUGUUGCCCCUCUACCACCAGGUGGCAGUGCAGUUUGCAGAACUUCAUGACACCCCAGGCAGGAUGCAGGAGAAGGGUGUCAUCACUGAUAUUUUGGAUUGGAAAAAUGUACGGAGCUUCUUCUACUGGCGUCUGCGUCGCCUCCUGUUGGAGCAGGUGGUGAAGCGUGAGAUCCUGCAGGCCAACAAGGACCUCAGUGAUGGACACAUGCAGUCCAUGCUGCGACGCUGGUUUGUUGAAACAGAGGGAGCAGUCAAGGCUUACCUCUGGGAUAAUAACCAAGCAGUAGUCGAGUGGCUUGAGAAGCACUUGUCCAGGGAGGAUGGCACACGAUCGGCUAUCCGAGAGAACAUCAAGUACUUGAAAAGAGAAAAUGCAACGAAAGUCAUCCGCAGCCUGGUGGAGGCCAACCCUGAUGUAGCCAUGGACUGCAUCAUUCACAUGAGCCAGAACAUUACUGCGUCUCAGAGGGCAAAGCUCGCGCAUUUGCUCACAACUAUGGACAGCACCAGUUAAGCUGAGGGGCUUCAUCAGGUUAUAUUAACAAAAAGCUCUGUUCAGUUGAUUGUACUGUAUAGGUAAGUAGAUGGAAAAUAUAAAGCUAAAGGAAAAGUAUGACUAUUUAUUUUAGGACUAUAUUUUGGGCAGUUUUUUACAGUAACGCACACGUACACAGAGUAAUUUAUUCCACAAUGAUCACAAAGCCACUACAGUGCCCUGGUUGUUGCCAGCACUGCUCUUGAAUAGUGUCUUAGCAGGGAUCUCUUCACCUAUUCCACUCUUGAUUGACAAGCAGUUUGUCAUUUUAGCUGCUCAGUCCAGCUCACUAACGCACAACUCACUGCUGUAUUUGUACAUAGUGGUGUGUCAAUGAUAGAUUUUCCUUACUAGGCUCUUCACAUUCAACUGAGUUAUGCAGGCUUAAUAAUCUGAGAGACUUAAUACUCACUGUAGGUGCCGUUUUUUACUUUUUGUGAAAGGUAUUAAACAGAAUUUGUUGUUCUUUGAAUGUAGCUUACAUAAAAAAGUUUGGAGAACUGGUCAAUUUGUUUGAUCAAUCUGCAAAUAAAAUGAAAAGGAAAAUAAUGAAGUAUCAAAUUUCUGAGCCAGUAAAAUAAAAUUUUCAAAUGUAUUUCUGCAUGAACUACAGAAAUAUAUAUGAAGUGUCUGAUUUUUUGGCACUAUCACAAGUGCAGUUGUUUGUCAUUUCACUGUUGAUGGACUCAGCCAUCCAUCUUUUUCAUUGCCACUUUCAAUGUGUUGAUCUGUGUAUGUUGUGUUUUUGUAUGCUAAUGGCAGUGAUAUGAAUGACAGGGCAUAGUGUGACACUACAUGUGAUACUUUGGAGCAUUUCUUUCAUUUUUGUCAGUAUGUCUGACAUUAAACAGUAAUUCUUAAAACUAAGGUUUCAUGAAAUGUGGAUAUUAGUCGCUGAAGUGAUCCCCCCAGUGGUGUCUUGAAUUGCCUUACCUUUGAUCAAAGUGCCAGAAAUACAAGCCAUAACAUUUCAUUUGAAUGUAUAUAACUCUUUCAUGUGUCUUGUAUUAUACC